AUGACACGUCAAUUUCUACCAGAGGUUCGACAUGUGGUUGAUACUGCGAUGAAUCACGUUCCCGAUGCGCUUUCUAAACCACACCAAUGUAAGGAGUGGCUUAUAUCACCCGAUUUGGCUCAGCGCCGUAUCGCUAUCGCUUCUUUAAGGGCAAGGUUAGCUCAACUCCUCGGGAUGGUGAAGACGUUAAACAUAUUAGGGAUGGCAACAAUUCACGCAUUUGAAUAA